AUGGUGGGGAAGGGCAGAGAGACACGAGAUCAGCGGAUGGGCUUUCCAGGGCAGACAACUGCCCUCCUCUGCCUGAGUCUAAUCCUGCUUCUCUGGAGCCAGGCGCCAGGGGUCCAGGGCCAAGAGUUCCAGUUCGGACCCUGCCGAGUGGAGGGAGUGGUUCUCCAGGAACUGUGGGAGGCCUUCUGGGCCAUGAAGGACAUUGUGCAAGCCAAGGAUAACAUCACGAGUGUCCGGCUGCUACGGAAGGAGGUUGUGCAGAACGUCUCGGGCGCCGAGAGCUGUUACCUCAUCCAUGCCCUGCUGAAGUUCUACUUGAAUACCGUUUUCAAAAACUAUCUGGAUAAGGCAGCUGACUCCAGGAUCCGGAAGUCAUUCUCUACUCUGGCCAACAACUUUUUUGUCAUCGUGUCAAAACUACAACCCAGUAAGGAAAAUGAGAUGCUUUCUAUCAGUGAGAGUGCACGCAGGCGGUUUCUGCUGUUCCAGAGAGCAUUUAAACAGUUGGACAUACAAGCAGCCCAGACCAAAGCCUUUGGAGAAGUGGACAUUCUCUUGACCUGGAUGGAGAAAUUCUACCAGUUCUGA